GUCAGUAAAGUUCCGAAUCAGUCUCGGGCGCGUCGGUAAAGACAUGGUAACACCCAUCUUCACAUCGUCUUCAUACCGAACCGCGUCACUUUCGAAUUUGGUCGAUUUGUAUGAAAAAUAUCAAAAUUAUCGAAAUUGCUUCAACGUCUGCGCAAAAUCCUCAUGAAGCUUGGGAAAGGGGAAGGGAAAGGCUGGUGACCUUGCGCGCCUCAUGUACGACUGCUUGGUCGCUGUGACAGUCGGACAAUGUUGGCCUAUUUUCUCGUAACCAUCGUUGGGACGUUGCUCGUACCCGAUUUAGUCAAGGCCGACGACCUCGAAGCUUUAUGGAUUGAACCUUCUCUGAAAUGGUAUGGCAUUGAUGGUAACUGGUCUUCCAUUGGUCUCUUCGUAGGGGAGCCAGCUCAAGAGAUUGAUGUUACUGUGAGCACGAGUGUAUCCGAGAUUUGGGUGGUUGAAACAGGUGGUUGUGGGACUAAUGGCCUCUGUGCCCUUGCCCGCGGAGGUGUUUAUAGCCCUAGCGCAUCACGAAGUUGGACGUCGCUCGGUGCUUGGCAGCUUGGUUUGAACUAUCUCGGCCUGGGCGGUAAUGGCGACUACGCGAUGGAGACAGUUGUUGCAUACGACAGCGUACGACGUUGGCAAACCUCUUUUAACAAGCAAUUGCUAGCCGGCUUCAACGAGACCGGCUACUAUACUGGUUUCUUUGGUCUAGGCAUCACACCCGGUCGCUUCAACAACGUCGUUGCACAGAGUCCUAUUGCCUCCCUGGUGGAGCAAAGCGGCAUCAUCCCAAGUCAUAGCUAUGGGUAUACAGCUGGAGCAUAUUAUGGUGGUUCAAGAGGCAUCCCUUUAUCUUUGACGUUGGGUGGUUAUGAUGCCAAUCGUUUCGAACCCCACGAUGUCAACUUUAGCCUCAAUACGACCACUAGACAACCCGAGGUGCUUGUGAGGUCUAUUACCGCCUCGGUAUCUGAUAUUACCGGGGCACCAGCUUCCUGGUCAACCCCGUCAGUCGCAUUGUCAUCUUUCAACGAGUCUGUAGUGGCCCUACUUGACAGCUCGACCCCAUAUCUCUGGCUCCCCCCAGUAAUAUGCGAUAGAUUUGCUGCUAAUCUGAAUCUCACAUGGAAUGAGACAUUAGGAUUAUACUUGUUCACGGACAAUGAUAAUCUCGAACGGUUCCGCUCGUCCCCGGAUCUCUCAUUCACUUUUGCCCUUUCAAGUAGAGAUAAUCGAGAUAACUUUGGGGACCCUCUCAAUGUCCCAGGAAUUGUAAACAUCACAAUUUCCGCCAGUGCUUUCAUCCAAAACCUUCGUUACCCAUUCAUGAAUCUUAUUGAAUACCAAGAAGCAGCAAUACCUUAUUUCCCUUUGAAACGAGCGGAUGGCGAUAAUCGAGUCAUCAUAGGACGGAGUUUCUUCCAAGAAGCUUACUUGAUCACGAAUUAUGAGACGAGUACCUUCUCGGUGCAUAAGGCCAAGUUUCCAGAGAAUCCGCUUCGAGAUACAUCUAUCAAAACCAUCGCGGCAUCCGAUAACAGCCCCUAUCCUGGUCCUCCCCCACGACCUUCUAACGCAUCAGGUCUCAGCCAGUCGCAGAUUGUCGGUCUGGCAAUAGGGAUAUCUUUCUUAGGCAUAGCCGCUGCCAUUGCUUAUUUAAUUUUGCGCCGAAGAAAAAAGAGACAACAACGAGCAGCGAAAAAUACCGAUGAGCCUUUCAAAGACAAGGCUUCGACCAUCGAAUCUUCAACACCGACUACUCCUUUGGGACGGAUUGUUUCCAAGAUGUCGAAGAGUUUCCCCAUGCGAAGAGCAACCAAGGGAAGCACCAGUGAAGAGCACGAGGAGAAAGAGAAUGAGUUGUUUGAGUUUGCUGCAGACUCCAGCCACGAGCGCUACGAACUACCAGGUCCAGAUCCGGUAGAGUUGGAGGCCACAGAUGCUGGCCGAAGAAGAGGACGGAGGGCGAGUGGCUAUCAUUAUGCGAAACGCCAAUCAGAGCAACAGCAGCAAAGAAUGGCACCUCAGUAUAGCUCCGGUGCUGCGGAACCGCCGGUCAAGGCGUACUACAACAUUAACCCAGCAACACAGCAAUAUGAGCAGUCAAAUCAGAUUCUCGAAAGUCCGUCACCGAUAUCGAGCCAUACAUAUGAUACUUCAAGCAAUAACUUUCCUUCGCCGUUGAGUUCUCAAGGUGAUUGGACGAACAGGAUACCGGAUGGAUAUUCCCCCAUGGGUUUCGUUCCUACACAAACCCUAUCCCAUUCAACGUCCAACCCAAACUUCACCUAUGCAUCAUCUUCGCCGUCUGGGUCCAGUAUCCCUGAACCGGGUACGUUAGACCGCUCCGCCUCGAUCACCGGCUUUGGAACGGGUCAUUCAUCUACACCACAACCACCUCCUGCCACAUUUCAGAGGACGCCAAUCGACGCAUCCCGGGUGAUCUGUCUCGGGCCUUUGCCGGAGGACGUUCACUUCCCGUGUCCAUCUUCCGCACCACCAACCCCUGGACUGCUCCACCUUAACGGCCAGACCAUUGUUUACCCCCCUAUGCCACCGAUUCCCUGCUCAGGGGAGGGGAGUGAGGAAUGUUCUCGUAUGUCUCGUCGCGUGUCCACGGCGGACACACUAGGGAGCAAUUACACAGUUGAGGAGGAGGCGCGUUUAGCAGUGGCACGUGAAACGGUAGCACUUAGUCGGAUAGACGGGGGUGAUAUCAUUCACAUACCUCAACCGGCAUCACAACGAUAUAGUUGGGAGGAACGAUAGCAUUCCUACCUAAUUAUAUAUCAUAUCCGAAGCCAGUCAUUCGCCAUCUUUACUCACUCUUACUGAUCUUCCUACACGAACCACCCUUUUUUUGCGAUUUUUCAUUUCUAUGUUUGGUUUUAUCUUGGGGAUGUACAACUUACUUACUAGCCCUCAUUUAUGCUUAUAUGCCUAAGACCCUAGCAACGGAGUUUGGCAGGAG